GUUCACAAAGCGAUUUUAGGAUCCUAGUACGCCUUGAAGGGGCGCCUAGUGUAUUAACUAUAGCACUAACAUGAUUCGCUUCGUCCCCCGCUCAUGACUAAUAUGGGGACCAAAAUCACACAAAGCCCAAAGACUAAUGCAAACGUUGAUUCUAUCACAUCCCGCGCACGAAUUCGUGAUAACCAGCGCCGUUCUCGCGCACGGCGCAAAGAAUACAUACACGAUCUUGAGCAACGGUUGCGCAGGUUCGAGAGCCUCGGUGUAGAGGCAACGCUUGAAGUACAAGCAGCAGGAAGGAAGGUUGCUGCGGAGAACGCCCUCCUCCGGUCACUGCUGAGGCAGCAUGGAGUUUCUGAAGAACAAAUUCAAGACUACUUGGAAUCACACACAGCGAAUGAUAGUCCGUUCAAUCCCCCAUUGACAAAGGUCCCACGACUGGUAAUCUCGCCCUUGCCGGGAACUCAAAGCGAUCAACUAGGGCGACACAGUGUUUUACGACCAUCUUCUUGUCUCCCUCAGAUGGACAAUUCUUUGCGCGAGACAAGCAUUAGGAGAAUCGGCUCGUUGGUGUCAGAUUCAGUUGCCAACAGAGAUGGAAAUGUUCCCCAUGAGCAUACCUCCAAUGCAGAGCAACCUACCACCGACGGCUUUGUUAGUCCUGGUGCUUUCAAAUUACAGCAGCCUAGGGGGAGGCAAUACACGGGUCAUUCUACACCAUGUGAGACUGCAGCCAGAAUUAUUACGACCAUGCGAGGCUGCCAAGAUACCCAUGACGUGCGAGCUGAGCUGGGGUGCCAUUCGCAAUCCAAUUGCAUGGUGAGAAACAUGGACAUUUUCGAGAUAUUGGACAAAUAAUUGUCUAGAUCAUGCAAACUUGGAAUCGUUUCUGCAUGCAUGGCGCAUGAGAGAGUAUUAGGGUAGACUCCUAUGGACGCACCCUUCAGCAACGCUUGUCUCUGGUGUCCAGGGCUGAAACCGAAGCCGUUCAAAUAGUCCUCUAUGUCGAAAGGGAUAAUGUCGAAUGUUGGGGCUCCUCUCGAUGUUAACUCCUCAGUUGCAAAACCUACAUGUCGGAAAUGACCUUUGGCACUUUGCUCCCUUGUACCUGCAGUGUCGAGGCACUAUUCAAGGGAAAGUCAAAAUUCUGACCGGGUCUUCCUUAAACCCAAAAUCAACCUACCCAAUCUGCUAUAGCAGACUCGUACACCUCUUAACGCACAACCGAUUUUCAACGUGGUCCUUAUACAUCUGAGAGUCUGAUUGCUGCCAGUCACUAUACUCCCUCACUGUUUUGCCAGGGGGAAGAUCUGGAAUCAUAAGGGCAUCAACAGGGCCGGGACUUGAAUACAGCAACAAGGGUGGGGAACCAGCUGGCGUAGUCAUCGCAGAGCUGAGGAGGCUGAGGAGAUGGUGUUGGUAGAAAAUUGAUAUUGAUUGGUGGACAAGUUGAUUCAGUCGGGAGAUAUUUAGGAGUCUUUCAUUGCCGUUCAAGCCACUGUUGGUUCUCUGCAUAAAGCUGUUCUCAGAUCUCAUUAGGAAUAUCAUCAUGAGUCCCAAG